UUUCCAAGAUGGCGGGUGCAGCAAGACAAGAAGAAGGAGAAGAGAAUGACACAAAUUCUCUCUCCAUACCGGACCUAGAAACACAAAAAACUGAAAUAGGCGAAUUGCUGAAGAAGCCCUUAAAGAAGGGGGACACUUGGUAUUUGAUUGAUUGUCACUGGCUGAARCAAUGGAAGAAAUAUGUUGGAUUUGACAGCUGGGAUGUUUAUGAAGUUGGAGAAGAAGUCAACAACCCUGGCCCAAUAGAUAACUCUAAUCUUUUUAAAGAUGGGGAUGAAAACUUUACCCUCAAGGAACACCUAAUAGAUGAACUUUACUACAACCUUGUCCCAGAAGAAGCAUGGAAUAAGCUGCUAACCUGGUAUGGCAUAGGGGAAAACCAACCACCCAUCCCUAGGAAGGUUGUAGAGUAUGGCAUGUACRUCAAGCAMUGUAAGGUUGAGGUGUAYCUGAUUGAAUUCAAGCUAUGUCAAAACUCUGAUAUGGAGAAAGUCAUUACCCACCAGUUCAGCAAAGCAGAUACUUUAGAGUAUAUUGAAGAUGUCAUGAAAGAGAAAUUUGAAAUCCCCAAAGAAACUGAGACAAGAUUAUGGAACAAAUAURUGAAGAAUACCUUUGAACUUCUUAGUAAUAAAGAACAGACUGUACAAGAUGUCGGCCUCUACCAAGGCCAGAUGCUGGUUAUUGAGCAGAAGAAUGAAGAUGGUACUUGGCAGAGGACCAAUACAAGAAGCUCAUACUCGUCUUCAACUAUAACAUCCAGUAAUGAAACUUCUAGCUAUGGGCCAUCCUCUUCUUAUGGCUUUAGUUCAGGUUACUGGGGUAGCUCUUAUGGCAGUGAUAGAAAGACAAUCCACAACAAACCUGGUCUAACUGGACUUGCCAACUUAGGAAACACAUGUUUUAUGAACUCAGGGCUGCAGUGUCUAAGCAACACCAUGAUGCUCACCAAGUACUUUCUCUCUGAUCAAUACAAAUCAGAACUCAAUGUAGAUAAUCCUUUAGGAAUGAGAGGAGAAAUAGCCAAGGCUUUUGCCGAUCUUUUAGCACAGUUGUGGUCUGGCCAGUAUUCUUCUGUUGUCCCAAGGAAUUUUAAAACACAAGUUGGGAGAUUUGCACCCCAGUUUUCUGGGUACCAGCAACAGGAUUCCCAGGAAUUACUGGCAUUUCUUCUGGAUGGGUUGCAUGAGGAUUUGAAUCGUAUUAAGAAGAAACCUUAUAUUGAGAUUCAAGAUGCCAAUGGUAGACCGGACAAGGUCGUAGCCCAAGAAACAUGGUACAACCACCGACAAAGAAAUGAUUCUAUCAUUGUGGACAUCUUCCAUGCACAGUUCAAAUCCACUCUUGUUUGUCCAGAAUGCGAUGAGGUUUCUGUAACAUUUGAUCCAUUUUGCUAUCUAUCACUUCCAUUGCCCAUGAAGAAGGAAAGACAGAUAGAAUUCUUGUUUUUCAAAGAUGAUCCCGUGGAAAAACCUAUCUUGUACAAGCUUUCCUUCCCUAAAAUGGGUAACAUCAGUGACUUCCUUGAGGUAGUUUCCAAGGAGACAAAGGUUCAAAAAGAAAAGAUGAUUAUGUGUGAUGUGUACAAUCAUCGUAUCCACAAAGUCUUCAAAACCAGGGAUUCAAUUACUUCAAUUCUCGAUAGGGAUGAAAUUUUUGUAUAUGAACUGCCAACAAGGAUUGAUGACCCAGAUGUCAUCGUCCUGCCUGUAUACCAGAGAGAGAAAAGGACACGUGUAACUGGUUAUCACAGUAGCAGCUCUGCUAAAGUCCUUUUUGGCUACCCUUUCUUUGUGGCAUUACCAAAGAAAAGUUCUAAAUACAGUAACUUGUACGAACUGGCUUUGAAUAAGAUAAGACGUUUUGUGAAAAGUGAUGAAGCAGCUGUUGAAAACGAAGAAAAGACAGGGGAAGAGAAUGGAGACAUUGAAAUGAAUGAAUGCAAAAAUGAAGAAAUUGAAGAUGACUCUGACAAAGAACUUGAACAAGCAUACAAGAAUGUAACUGUAAAUGGAGAUGACAAUGAAAAUGAUGAAGACAACCAGCAUUCCAACAAGAAAGAUGAAUCCCAGAAAAAGCAGAAAAAUGACAUUGAUGAGAAAACUAAGAAAAAAAGCCUUCUGUUUGACUUAACUCUGGUCAACAUGUAUGGCACUACUGAUAUACAUGCACUAUCAAACGAUAGUAAGCCACUUAAACUGACAAAUCAAUGCUAUGUAUCAUUGGAUUGGAAUUCAAAGAUGAAAGAAAACUUUUAUGAUGUGUCGCUGGCAGAGGACCGCGAAGAACAUGAGAGUGUCCACAGAAAAGCCACACAAAAGAAGAAUACCGUUCGUCUACAUGAUUGUAUUCAGUUAUUCUUGAACAAAGAGAAGCUUGGAGAGAAAGAUCCCUGGUAUUGUCCAACAUGCAAGAAACAUCAACAAGCCACCAAGAAGCUUGAUCUUUGGUCUCUCCCUGAAGUACUGGUAGUCCAUCUUAAGAGGUUCUCUUACACGAGUUUCUGGAGAGAUAAACUCGAUACAUUUGUAGAUUUCCCCUUGAGUGGACUUGACCUCUCAGAAUUCCAAGUGUGUGAAGACGCACCAAAGCCGACCUACGACCUGAUUGCUGUAUCGAAUCACUACGGAGGAAUGGGUGGAGGCCAUUAUACGGCUUACGCAAGGAAUCACGAAGACGAUCAGUGGUAUUCGUACGAUGACAGUAGUGUUACUCCCAUCGGAGAAAAUCAAAUCGUGUCCAAGGCUGCUUAUGUGUUGUUCUACCAACGACGGAAAAUGAUUGGAAGUGAAGUGAAACAAGAUGAAAGAAUAGACGACGAGAAAAUGAGUGAACAAGAUGAGCUUGAAGAUGAGAAGGCUGCGAAUGGCGAUGAAUCUAUGGACACCAAAUAAGACCGCAAUGUUUAUUCUGCUUCGAGUUCAGUCAAGUAUCUGUCAUCUUUCACUCGAAAAUGGAGCCAGAUAAAUCUGCAUUUAUCUCUACAAAGAUACUUCUUGUGCUGUUCUAGGGUUUGCCUAGAAUAUCUAGGAUUUUAUUUUACACCAAGUGGCUGGAUUCUCAUUAAUACUGCGAAUACCAUUGUAAACUGUGUGGUUCUAGAAAAGUUUUUUCAAUCUUAGUGGCAAAUAAUCCUAGAGUAUGAUUUGAGACAUUACCAAGCUGUAAGAUACAAGAUGUUUAAGCUUGCGAGGUAGAAAUUUGAACAUUCGUAUUAGUGUACUAUAUUUAUAGAAAAGCUGACUAGAUAGAAGCCGUAUUUGCUGGUCAAAUGAGUGGCAGACAAGCAUGUAGACAGACAGACAAAUAGACAGACAAACACUGAGAACGAAAGACAUUGUGACAGACAGACACUGAGACAGACAGAUAGACAUAUAGACACUGAGACAGACAGACAAAAAGACAGAGACACUGAGACAGAAGAACACUAAUACAGACAGACAGACAAACAGACAGACGAAAGACACCGAGACAAACAGACAUUGAGACAGACAGACAAACAGACAGACAGACACUGAAACAGAUAGACAGAUAGACACUAAGACAGAAAUCCAUUAAGAAAUCAAUACCCUGAUCAAUAUCUUCUAAUCUUUAUCUUCAUCUUUUAUUACACUAGGAAUUACCGACUCUAUAUUAAACAUUUAUUUUAAAUUGAGCAAAAAAUCGUAAGAUCGUAAAGAUGUUUUCAUGUAAUUUUCUUUCAUUCUGUUUCUUAAUAUUCAACUAGUUUAAAAAUGAGAAUAUCUUGUUAAUUUAUUUGUCUUAAUGCAAAAUCUAUUUUGUAUGUUUUCUCUGCCUUCAUUGCUGCCAAAAACCCGUUGCGUUAAAACUGCGAAUAUUUUGUGAGUGACCUCAGAUUAUUUAAGUGUAUAUAAAGUUUUUCCUGUCUGCUUAAGAGCUAGAAACCCUAUGCAUAAAAUAAUAUCCUGAUAGAUUUGCCAUGGUUAAAAAUUACUGCACUGACUCGUCUACCCGUUUAGACCUUUUUCGUGCUUCUGGCAUUUUCACAACUCUUUGGUGGCGCGUUUUCAUUGGACUUCGCUAAUCGACGAUUCAUUAGCCCAGAAUCUUGUGAAUUUGAUAGAAAAUUUACAACAUCUAAAACCGUUGAGUUCUCUAAACCUGGAAAGUGCUGUAACAAUAUGUUUUAUUAAUACUUACAUUUAGCAUGUGUAGUUUUAAUGUAAUAUGUUUUAUCGAGUUUCCUUAUUUAGUCAA